GGCCUCGAGUGGCGAAGCGUCAUGUUAGUCAUGUGCUUGUGUGUUCAUCCUGCGACUGCAGCUCCCGUGAGCACGUUACUCGAAGGAAACUUUGCCGAGAAGGUUGCAGGGUGUUGUGUAAGCACGCGGAUGAGAUCUGGAGCCCUGCAGAACUGUAGGUGCGGGCGCUGCGCGAUGUUCAGAUAGUGGCCUGUUCGACGAAACUUUGUUGAAUGAGUAUGAGUGGCUUUGUCUCUUAGCUUUGCUUCCAGUGUGCCACGAUGUCUUGAAGAGACAGAACGUAGACUUUUCUUAGGUUAGGCUUUUUGGUUUGCUUCCGGGUUCGCGCCGGGAAUGAACUGUUUCGCUGUAGCGAGGCAACGACGAUUUAUGCGAGUGCUAGCGGCGAUCAGCUGACUUGGUCAUGGGAAGCACGUCGAGCAAGUUUCGCAGGCACCUAGAGAACGGCGACGGGUACUCGGCGCUUCAGAUCUACUUGAGCUGCUCUGAACUGCGCAAGUCUCUCGAUCCCAACUGCUUUUACGGGGACUCCGUUAAUCGGUGCACACCCGUCCACCUAGCUGCCAAACACGGGAUGAGACCGUUACUGAGGAUCUUCCUGCGGGAGAUGCAGGGGGACCCGACGAUCAGGUCAGGCCAUGGAGAAACUGCACUUCACUGUGCCAGCCAUGGCAGUCCUGACUUGACACAAGUGGAGUGCCGAGUGAACUGUCUUAACCUUCUCAUCCAAUGGCGGGGUUAUGACGGAGAAGCGUUAGACCUCAAUGCGAAAGAUAAUGACGGAAACACUGCCUUGCAUUAUGCUGCUAGUAGUGGGAUGAAGAAGUGUGUGGAGCUUCUUGUUUCUCAUGACGUGUCCCUAUUCGAGGAGAAUAAUGCUGGUGAGACGGCAUGUGAGAUGGCGGACAAGGCUGGCUUCAAGAGCUUGGCAGACUACCUUGAAUCAAAGAUGGUCUUUUCUAGCUGUGUUACUAUCAAGCCAAAGGACAAGGACCCGGCACUUGAGCUUGAUAAGGCAUACGAUGGGUUGCGACCUCAAGAAUUGCAAGAAGCCAAAGAUCUUCUUCUUGUUGAAACAUCUGACAUGCUCCAUGUGCCUUUGUUCACAGCAGAAGCGCUUCUACGAUGUCAUGAUUGGAGCCAGGUGGCCCUGCUGGAAGCAUGGGUCCAAGACCCAGUCGGGUGCUGCCUGGCUGCAGGAGUACAGCCAACGACAUCUGCAGUGCACGCGUCCGAGCGCAGCAAUGAUCCUGUGGUGACAGAAGAGUACCAGUCGGGCUCUCUCAACUCAUCAUCACCUUCGACACCGAGUGGACCGCAAGGCCGCUCGCCUGCUAGAUUGCCUUGCAGCAUCUGCUCAGAAGUGGUGCACGAGCCAGAUCCUGUCAUUGUUCCUUGUCAGCACGAGUUCUGUAUCUCCUGCUGGCGCAGCUACCUCACAAUCAAGAUUCAGGAAGGGGAUGUGCACAGCAUUGUGUGUCCUGCCGUCGGCUGUUCUCAGCUUGUUCCUGUGGACAUCAUUGAGCACAUUGUCAGCCCCGACAUGGUGCGCCGAUAUCUACAGUUUGACAUUGUGGCCUUUGUGGAAAGCAACCCUAACUUCAAGUGGUGUCCAUGGGCCGGUUGUGGGAGGGCAGUGCACUUGCCGGAAUCAGUUGACCCACCUCCUUUGCGCCUUCCCAAGUCCACUCCCAGAGAGCCCAUGUCACACUCUGUGGAUUGUGGAAAUCGCCACUAUUUUUGUUGGGAAUGUCUGGGCACAGCACAUGCACCUUGCUGCUGUGAGAAAUGGGAGGAGUGGCAAAAGAAGGUGGCCGAGGCUAAACCUGAGGAAUUGAAGAGUGCCUGCAGUCGUACGGAAGAAGCUGCCAAUUGCCUUUGGAUGGUCACAAAUUCAAAGCCGUGCCCCUGUUGUAAGUCUCCAAUUCAAAAGAACGAGGGAUGCAACCACAUCAAGUGCUACAAGUGCAAGCAUGACUUUUGCUGGGUCUGCCUAGAACCAUGGAAGAGGCACAGCUCUGCGACGGGUGGAUACUUUCGUUGCAACAGGUUUGAAGCUGUGAAUCGUGCGGAGGAGCAUGCUGGUGCUAUUAUUAGUGAGGCUGAGACCAAAAACAAAGAAAUGCAAGAACUCAAGAAGUUUGCCCAUUACUACACUUUGUUCAAGAAACACGAAAAGAGACACAAGAAUGAAAUUCUCAUUGAAAAGCGGCUCAAUGAAAAAGAAGGGUGCUGGGUACGUGAAUUUGGUGAAGGUGAAGAUGGUUUGCCCAAUGUUCACUUCCUUGGAGACGCAGCAUGGGAGCUGCUGCGAGCACGCAGAAUCCUGUGUGGUUCAUAUGCUUAUGGCUACUACAUGAAGGAUGAGGGAUAUGCCAAAACAGUCUUCGAGCUUCUUCAGAGUAACUUGGAAGAGGCAGCAAAGAAUUUGUCGGAUAUAUUGUCAACACCACGCCUGCGAGCUUCGCACCGCACAAUCGUGGAGAGUGCAGAGAGGGUGCUUAGGAAGCGUGAGGAGUUCCUGAAGGCUGUAGCCCGUGGCCUUGUUCCUCCUGAGACUCCACCGUCAUCGAGGCGCACCCGGAGACGGCGUUACCCGACUGUAUUUGGCCUUGAUCCUCCAGAAGACGAACAGCUUAUGAUAGCUCUGCUGGAGUCAAUUGGAGAUGGGCCCAUGGAGGACCCCUGGGUCAAAGAUGCCCGUGGAUGCCAUGCUAACCUGUCAGCACUUUUCGACUGGCCCCGGGAUCCCAGCACUAGCGGCAGCAGCUCUCGGACACAGAGGAUGAGGACCGCAAGUCGGCACUUAUUCAGGCUGUCGGUGUCUGCUCACGAGAAGGUUGUACAAGACCACGUGCACGAAACCCCAGAACACAAAAACUUCACGAAUACUGCUCUCUCAGAUGCCAGACAAAGCACAAUAACGGAGAGCUUCAUCAAUUACAUAAUGAGGUUGACUUCUCAAUGGAUCUGAUGAUUGCAUUAGAGCUGUCAAGAAUGCAGAUGAUUGAAGACCAGCGUCGUUUUGAACGUGGCUGUGAUUCUGAGUCAACGAUAAAUGAUGCUGCCAGUGCAGAUUCUCAUCAAAGUAUGCUGCCUUCAUCACCUGCCCCAUGCUGUUCUUCAGGUGACGAGCAUCUGGCAUUGUCACCUGCCCACAGCUCGAGGAGCGACAGCUCUUAUAUCCCUGCGAGUCCAUCACGAAAGCACUAGCAUCUCCAAAUACCGGUGCUGAGGGCAUGUCAGAGCCUGCGAGUGUUGCUGAAACAGAGGAAUCUAGUGUCCAACUUGCCAGAUAGUAGUCACAAGCUGGAAAAGGAUCUUUUCCGUCCUGGGGCCAAAUCAGAGUGAGCGAUCAGAAAACAAAAGUAGGAGAAAUGGUGUCGUAUCUGUUUCAAUAUUUUAUUUUUCAGCGUUUCGUUCGCUGCAGUACUAUUUUCAACAAUGCUCGUUGCUUUCAGGGGUGUGUGAACUAAGCAUCACAUCUCGAUUCACAUUUGGAUUUUUUUCUUUGCACCGAGCCUGCAUCUAGGCAGUUUUAGUCACGAGGUGCAGGAGCCUGAAUCGGAGCUAUUUCAGCUGUGGAAAUAUUGCUCAUGCAGAAAAAUCUACACUUACGUGUCAGUCUUUUCAAGUGCCCUGCAUACAAAAACGGCUUGAAUUCAUAGGUACGAAUUUGUCCCAAUGUAAUGAAGGCUGUUUAUCUCUCGGGUGCAGAGCAAGAAUGCAGGUCACAAAUGAGUAAACAAGACAAAGCACCUUGUUCUGUUUAUUCAUCUGCAUCCUGCAUUCUUUGCGCUGUACCCAAGAAUGAAUCGCCAACAUGCCGAAUCUUAUACCUUAGAUGUUUAUUUGCAUGGUCUUGGAUGUCGUUUCUGGAAACAUUGAAACAACAAGCGAAUUCGUUGUGUUAUUGUCCUUGUAAUUUUGCAGGUUACUGAAAAGAACAAUAUGUAACAGUAAGAAGGAAAAUUUGGAACAAGCGAAGUGCUAAAGCGUGUUACUGUUGCCAUCACUGCUUAAGCCACAUAUCUAGGGCAUGUCUAGGCCUAACGGCCGAUGUCAAAGAUAUCAUUUCGUAAGGGUUUUAAAAGCUUUGUUUUUUUUUUUUUUGGUUCAUCACAAACUGAGCUUCAUGUUCUCACCAGUUUUUCAUGUUGAUUUCUGUUAGCAAAUAGUAUAUUUAGUAGGUGCACUGGUCCAGGAAAUAUGGAGGUUUGAAAAGGGUAAUAAUGGCUACUUAUUAUGAGGCUCUUUGGCUAUUUUGUCUUGCUAAAUUAAAAAAGCUAGUGAAUGCCAUCUGUAGGUGAGAAAUAAAAUAGAUGUUCAUAAUAAUCUUUAAAUUUUUUUAUUAUUACCUCUAAUUGUAAUUAGCAAAAUGAAUCUGUAACAAUGAAAAUCGCAUCACUUCCUGGCCAAUUUUAUUAAGAGUAAUAUGAUGCCAAGCUUAUCAUUUUAAAUUAAGCUAAACCAUGAAUACAGUGAGCAGAAUCAUCAAACUAGAAAAAUGCACUUAAAGUGUUACAGAUCUGUAACUUUGGCUAAAAAUGGUGCUACAGCACUACAUAGUCUAUAAUUUGGCAUCUUCAUUCUUAAAGGAGCACUGACAUCAAAUUUGUUCAUAGCAAGAUUUUUGCAUCCACGAUUUGUUAUUGACCCUCUAGUAGUGAUUAGCGACCUAUAACCCGACUGAGGGACGAAUAACUAUUUAUUUUAGAGGCGUAGGUGUGGGUCGUUCGCUCGUAGUUGUAUUAUAGUGAAUAGAUAGGGAUAGUGGGACGAUGGCGGUCCUCCUGGUGAGGACGUUUGCACAGAAAUCGCCAGGCACACCGCAUGUGGCUGCUUGUUUGCAGCAUUUUCAAAUGAUGACUGCGAUAUGUUUAAAGUUUAUGCUUGACUCCUGAUGGCCUAAAUUGUACACUGUUCAACUAAAAGAGCAUAAAUAGUUUUGUCUUGAAAGUUCCAAGACAAGAGAUUUUAGAGGCAAGCUUGUCAGUGAGGAUUUGGAAUUGCACAUGGCUACUUGGACAGAACGAAUGUGUUCCUGCUCAGGCGAUGCCGUGCAUGAAAAAAAAAAAAAAAAAACCAACCCUCAAGAGAAUGACAGAUAAAGAACUGAAAGAAUGGAUCAAACCAUUUUAAUCAACACAAAAACAUUCUUCAAAAACUAUAUGUGCGAACACAAACCCAUGCAUCUAGGUCAUUCGACUGAGCUUACUGAUAUGAUUUGCUCUCUGUCCAAGCGCAGAUACGUGAAGACACAGGCUAAACAAUUCUCGUGUUUUUUUUUUUCUUGUGAGUGUCGCAUAGAAUAACAUUAGAGCAGAGUAGGCUGUUCUUCACAAGAGACAAAAUGUUAAAUGCUGUUCGUGUUUAGCUCCGAGACAAUGAAGCAUUCAGCGUACAUAUUCUGAAGUGCGUCUACAAAUAUGCACAAAUCAGGGCUUGGUUGAGAUACUCAUAAAGGUAUUCUGAAAUGCAAAUGCGGAAAUUCACGUGCUGGAAACCUAAAAAUGCAGGUACUGAGAAACAUAUAUGUAUGAAAAUAUAACAUGGUAUUAUGAAGAUAAUUUUGCAAAAA